AUGGACUCGUCCAUGACACUGCUGAGUGCACACAUCCAGUUCCUUGACACGGAACUGGCUCUGGUACACAUUCCUUUGAAACUAUAUUCCAACUUCCUCCAAAAGAUCUUACAACUCUUGCUGCCGAGCGACACUAUCAGCAAUGGAGUCGCCAAUGGCAAUGGCGCGGUUCAGGCCCCGAAAGGUUGGCCAUACGACCGUCCGUUCGUCAACAUCUCCGUCACUCCAGUGGAGUGCUCGAUAGUAUGCUCACGGAAACUGGCCGAGAAGCUCUUCGUCCCUCUACGCGAUGAGCUCAACCGCGCAGGAGUAAAGGACCGGAUCUCGAUCACCAACGAGGACUUUGUGGUGAUGCAAGUUGAUGGCGAGGGCCUCGAUGCUGGCCAACGAGUGUUGGAGCUCACCAGCCCGCUCGCUCUGGCAGGAAUUUCUAUCUUCUUCAUAACGACCUACUUUGCCGACUACAUUCUCGUACCGGUACGAGUACGCGCGCAGGUCGUGAAGGCUCUAGAGGAACGUGGAUUCCAGUUCGAAGACCAAACAUCGUCGUAUGUCAACCCAAAUCAUCCCAGCAACCAAGGUCGAAAAAGCUCAGUUGCAUCAUUCGACAUUCCCAUACCAGGCACGCCUCCGCCCGCGACCGUCUCGGAACUUCAGACCCGGACUUUCGCAACACUGAAGAGAUGUGGAAUCACCCCGACCGUGAGCUCCGAUCUGCGCCUCAUCCAAUGUGCAGGUCGCGGAGACAGCAUGAACGGCAUGAGCCAGGGUGGUCACAAUCGCAAUAGCAUGGCAAGCGCGGCGGACGAUGCGCUACAUCUUGGACUCGUAAAAUGCCUCAUUUCAGAACCCUACCCGCGGUUCUUAUCCCUCACACUGACCGACACUGAACCGCCUUCGCUCCUGAUCGACCACACGCUGCUGCCAAACUUCGCCCCGGAUUUCCUACUGGGUUCAAAGGAUGACUAUCUCAUUCCCAUCACUCUCGAUCUGCGCGAAUUACCCAUGGAGAGCACGGGUAUUGUCUGCGGAGUAGCAGGACGUCUAGUCGGCGCGACGAGUGGACAACUCGAAAACCCAGUGGAGAUGAGUUACCUCUCGACGGCUCGAGCAGGUACAGUGAUGGUGAGCGAAGACGAGCGGAGUCGUGCGUUGGGUGCAUUGAACGGUGCUGAAAAUGGCGUUCCAGCACCGCUUGACUAG